AUGGCAAAGGAAGGCUUAGGACUUGAGAUCACAGAGCUAAGAUUGGGCCUUCCAGGAGAUAACAACUGCGAAAGAUUAGUUUGCGGAUCGAAGUAGACCUCGGACAUGAUGACGUCUUCUUCAUUAGAAACUGACGGUGAAAGUAGCAUCGUUUCAUUGGUGGACAUUGUCGCCGCUGAGGUUGAGGAUGACAUUCGACCCACGGCUAAGAGUCAGGUGGUGGGGUGGCCACCUGUGUGUUCUUAUAGGAUAAAUAAGAACAAUAGUAAAGAAGUAUCGAAAGCGAAAGGGUACGUGAAAGUGAGGAUGGAUGGUGUGCCGUACUUGAGGAAGAUUGACCUUAGUUCGAGCUAGGGUUAUACUCAUCUUGCCACCGUUCUUGAGAAUCUCUUCGGCUGUCUUGGCCUAGGAGUACUGGCGUUGAAAGAGUGUGAGAAGUUCGAAUACGUUAUUAUAUACGAGGACAAGGAUGGAGACUGGAUGCUUGUCGGAGAUGUACCUUGGCAGAUGUUCAAAGAGUCAUGCAAGAGGCUGAGGAUCGUGAAGAGAUCUGAUGCAACCGGUUUAGGCCUGCAGCGAGAUUCAUCAUUCGUGUGA